CCUUUGGGCGAGCCGCAUAUCCUCCAUGCAAAAAUCUCCCCCUAAGUGGGGCCACAGAUUGAGCCGGCGCGAGCUGCCGGGGCCUAGUUCGCAAUGGUGCGCCCUGACAAUCAGGCCGCUGCCCAUGAAUCUGUAAUCCUUCGCACAAAAAUCCCAUAUAAAUUUAAGUUCUUCCCUUGGUGCCUUUGCCUCACUCACCAAAUGUCAUCGCCAGCCACCACUGCAGCUAUGCCCCAACAAAGUGUUGCCAACCACACAGCUGAGCUGUCUUCCCCCGCAAGCCGUUCUGAAAUGCCUCACUUGGAAGACCUCCAGCUCCGGGAUAGGUCUCUCUCCCCAGGAAAGUCGCGCAAACGCCAAUUGCCCCAGGAAUCUGCUGCCAGCGCUCCCAUCCGUCCAUGGCCUGGAACCCACAGGGUCUUUCCUGGGGCCAGGAAGCACACAGCUUAUGACUUUGACUCACCUGUUGCCGCAAUAUCAGUGUUGGGGAGAUCACAUGAGAUGCCUGUUAACAAAUUGCCCCUGCAGCCUGAGAUCCGUCAGAUCACAGAAGAGCAGUUGAGAAAUGAAGUUCGCACCAUCUAUACUGGCAUUGUCCUUGUGGAAAGAAAAUGUGUUGAGAUUGACCGCCAACAAGCCAACAAUCCUUCAACCCUGACAAAUAAGCAAUUGCAGGCUCUCAUGGCCUUGCAUAGGACCCUCCUAUAUGAGCACCAUGAUUUCUUUUUGGCAUCCCAGCAUCCGUCAGCAAGCCCUGCCCUCCAGAGAGUAGCCAGUCGCUAUGCUAUGCCUGCAAGAAUGUGGAAACAUGCGAUUCAUUCAUUCCUGGAACUUUUGAGCCACAGGCUCCCUGAGGUGCUGGACCACAUGCUUGCCUUCAUAUAUACCGCCUAUUCCAUGAUGGCCCUGCUCCUCGAGAGCGUUCCGAGCUUUGAGGAUAUAUGGAUUGAAUGUUUGGGGGAUUUGGCCCGGGUUAAAAUGGCUGUGGAAGAGUCAGAUCGUGACAGGGAGGUCUGGGCAGGGGUGGCAAGGUAUUGGUUCAACAAGCUAGCUGACAAGUCUCCCAUGGUUGGGAGAAUUCAGCAUCAUCUUGCUGUUCUUGCCAGACCCAACAUUCUUCUUCAGCUGUUCUUCUACUCCAAAUCCCUCAUUUGUGUCCACCCAUUCCCAAAAACCAAGGGUUCUAUCCUUCUUCUUUUCGGCCCCUGUCUGGAACAAAAGGCACCACUUCACCACCCUCCUCUGAUGUUGUCAUUUGUGAGAGCUCACGGAGUUCUUUUCAGCAAGCAGUCAAUACUUUCAUUUCUUGAGUAUGGGUAUGAGUUCAUAUCCUUCCUGGAAACACAGAUUGGCCGUGUGGGGUCAAAAUGGAGGGAACAGGGAAUCUACUUUGCUUCUGCAAAUUUUGUCUCUCUUUUUGAGUAUGAUCUUGGCUCUUUUAUUGGCAAAGCAUUUGUUGAGACCACCCACUCCCCUGUCAACAUCUCUGAAGUUAAAGAUUCCUACUACACCCAGCAUAGCACUCCCGCUGCUAAACUAUCCUUGCACCCCGUGUCUCAUUCUGGUCGUUUCCAAACCUCUGUUGAAGUUAUUUCUUAUGCCUCUUGUUUUGCAUUCCACACUCUUGCAUUGGUGCUAAAACAUAUUGGUGAUAAAAAUGUUCUCUCCCAUGUACAUGUCUCUUUGGCAUUUCUGUGGUCUUUGGCAUUGGUUCCUGAGGCUAUGUCACAUGCUCAGUCUGAAAUACCAUGGCAGGCAUUGGUGACAUUCCUAAAUACACUAAACACACAGGGCUUGAAUGAAUCUCGUUUGAAGAGUCAAAGUUUUCCCAUGCCAGAAAGUGGAAUGAAGUGCCAUCUUCCAGAAGAUUUCUCUAUGCGUGGAUUGAUUUGGAGCCAACUAUAUUAUCCUCCUGGGUUUUUCAAUUUUUCCACGUUGGAAGAUGACGAGGAGCGGUCUUUGGAACCCCCCAGCAUUACAGCACCAAGAACUGAAAGGUGUCUCUGGAUUGGCCAUCGUCUUGCAUCUCUUGAUAUCUGGAUCUCUUUUAAUGAACAACAGAAGAAGUUUAUUGUUAAAGAUUUCGCUCUGGAGCUUGAAAAUUAUGCACAAGGCCCGGCACUUUUUGAUGAAGCAGGUCGAUUCUUUAGCGAAAGAGAGCGUGUGGAGACGAAACGUGAAGGGACGGUGACACGCACAUGACAGAUAUAGGGCCCGUAUUACAUAGCGUUUAGGCCGCGAAAAGGACGGAGAAGAAGGGCUUCUACGGGAGAGAGCAGGAGAAUGUCAAGCACGGAGAUGAGCAGGAAGGAUGAGCGGGUCAGCGAACUUGAGGCUGAAGUCCAUGAGCUGAGGUGUUGAUGUCAAUGCCUGGUCUGUUACCAAAUCCCUUUAGAGUGGAGGACCCUUUUGUGUGGGCAUAGGUUUUGCCUAGGAUGUGUUUCCUCUGCUGUAAAGACAUGUGGAAUAUGCCGUUAGGUAUAUCAAGAGUUACUAGCUAGGAGAUAAUUUUUGUCUGAGCCUUGACCGCUCUUUGAAAAAAUUUUUUGUGCUUACACUAA